AUGGCGCUGGCUGGGUUUGAGUGCUGGGCAGAGCUGGGUGCUGGCGGGAGCCCCUGCCAGAACCGCUGGUGCCCCGGCUGCCACGGGCUGCGGGUGCCCGACGCGGAUUACGAGUGGGUGUGUGGGACGCCGCGGCAGCUCGGUGCCAGGUCCCCGGCGCUGCCCCUCUGCCGGAACAAGUCCCAGAGCAUGCCCCUGGUGCUGCACGCCGGCCUGGGGGGCAGUGGGGGGCACGGCGGGUCCCUGCGCUUCCUCCACUCCUGCUCCUUCCUGUCCCUGGCCAGCCUAGCCGGGCCGGAUCCGCUGGGGGAGGCGCUGCGGGCGCUCAGGGGCAUCGGCCGGCGGGCGCUGAGGGUGCCCCGCGGCAGCAGGAUCCCGGUGCUGGUGCGGAGGGCAGCCCCCUCGGCCCCCCCCAGGGAGAUGGAGGAAGGAGAGGAAGAGGAGGAGGAGGAGGAAGAAGAGGAAAUUGAUGACUUCGUACCUCUAGGGGUGCAGGCUCUGGGGGGGCACCAGCUCCGACGCCGGGAGCUGACGGGGGCUGUUGAGGGGCUGACGGGGAGGCUGGCAGCCACGGAGGAGAAGCUGAGGAGCCUUCAGGCAAAGACGGGGGGCUGGGCCCCUGAGGACGCCGGGGUCCCCUCCGCACCGGAGGAGGGGCCGAGCCGGGAGGGGCUCCUGGGGGUGCUGGCCCAGUGUCUGCACAGCAAGGAGGCGGCACUGCAGGACUGCCUAGCCGCCCUGGAGAGCCUGGCCUCGCCGGGGGCCGAGCCACCCGCCCCGGAGAGCCUGGCCCCCCACCUCUGCCGGCGGCUGAAGGAGCGAGACCAGGUGCUGGAGCGCAUCCUCGCCGAUCACUUCUUAGAGCUGGAGCGGGAGCGGGGCCGCCUGCAGGGGGCGCUGCGGGACAAGGACCGUGACCUGGGGCAGCUGGCGGCUGCGCUGCGCACCGGGGAGCAGACCCUGCACGCGCUGCGCGAGACACUGGAGCAGAAGGAGCUGGAGCGGGCACAGCUGGCAUCGCUCUGUGCCAUGGCCCAGGACACCUGGCGCCGGCAGGACCAGAGCCGGGCGCUGGCGCUGAAGGAGAUGGAGGAGCUGGUCGCUGCCCUGCAAGCCGCCCUGGCCAGCAGCAACAGGGACCUGGAGGUGCUGGCCGAGUCGCGGGCAGCCCCGGCCCCGGCGCUGCUGCAGCGGCUGCGGGAGCAGGAGGGGCUCCUGGCCGAGGCGCUGGCCGCGCGGGCCCAGCUGGCUGCGGAGAUGGAAGCCCAGCUGCAGGGGACAGGGCAGUAA